AUGCGGAUCGGCAACCAAGACCAGAUCAGGGAAGUCGUAGAAAGGGGCCAGCACUGGGAAGCUGCGGCACUGUUACAGUCUAAUCAAGAUCCUCUCGCUAAGAUACAACGACUGCUACGAAUCAUGCAGGUCAACAAACUGCCUUCGUACGACUUUCUGUCGGAUGAAACAUGCGAGGUAGUGCAUGCUGUCAAUUACUUUAACACCAGGAUAUACCCAUAUAUCAAGGAAACCGACGUCUUAGCACCCAAUCCGGCGAUCAUCCACUUUCCUGUUUGGGCAUUGCACGUAUUGCCUCCUGCAGCGCAUUAUACCACUAUCUGCUUGAGUCUGAACCAUUACAUGCACUCGUUACCUCCAGGAUCAAGUCGUGUGGUGGUUGGACAACAGCGACUGAAGAUCUACAACUACAGAGGCCUUGCCAUCCGUGCCCUCAAUGAGAGCAUAGCGGGCAAAGAGACCCGCAGCAGCGACCUUACUAUUACGAGCAUACUCAUGUUUAUGGCGAUGGAGGUACACGACUCGAGAAAUGGAGACUGGAGGUCCCAUGCGGAUGGCAUGAAGCGAUUGAUAGAUAUACGUGGAGGUUUUGAGUCACUCCUACGGACAGCACCUCAUCUGACUUCAGCGCUAGUGGUGUUUUUGAUCAUCGUAACCUUUUCUAACAGCCUUGGUCCAGCAUCACAUCAUCUCAGCAUCACAGGGCCGCUUGAACAGCACAUCAAGGAAGUGGAGAAAGUGUAUAGCCUUGUGUUUCCUUACACAUUGUGUCCAGUAACGUUGUUCAUCGACAUCGUUCGCAUUAAUCGCCUACGUCAAGAAGUCGCCCUCUCGUCCUUUGCGAACCAGUACCAGCAUACUUCGGAAGCAAAAGGCAUCCUUGCUCGUAUUGAAGGGUUUGCCCCUGGAGAUUGGGCGCAAGCCGGUGAGAAUCAAGACGACUGGCAGCUGAUCGGAUCAAUCUAUCAAUCUGCUAUCGCACUUUACUGCGCCAUGUCACUGCAGGCUCUCGUGGUUCUUCCUGCUGACACUGAGAUGGGUACUAUGCGGACCAACCACGCGAAGCGUUUGUUGGAAGAUAUGAAGGCUGCCGUACAUUUGAAACAGCUGAAGAAGAUUGCAAUGUUUCCGUUGUGUGUACUCGGAGUAGAAGCAGGCUAUCACGACCAGCAAUAUACUCGACUGUGGAUUGAACGACAAUUGGAAGAACACGCUCACCUUCUUGGUACCAGCAGCCCUUUGAAAGCGCGAGCAGUACUAAGAAGAUAUUGGCGGCGAAACAAGCCUGGCUGGAACGAGUGUUUUGACGAGCCAUUCACGAUUCUUGUGCCAGCAGGUGCCUGCUGA